UUUUAUGUGUGGCCCCAGACAAUUUUUCUUUUUCCAAUGUGGCCCAGACAAGCCAAAAGGUUGGACACCCCUGGUUUAAGAGAAGCUGUCAGGCUGCUGCUCCAGGCUGCUGAUUGCUAUGGAAACAGAGGCCCAUGACAGCAGGUAACGCGGUACUAACCAAUCCUUUGGCUAAAUGUGGAGGCCCGCCCCUAUUCCCCAUGGGAGAGGCACGGGGUAAAUAAUGACACGUGGGGUUAUUGCGGCGCCACACGGCAGGUUCCCCGAGCAUGAGUCGCCAGUAAUGCCCCGCCCCGUGGGGUGUCAGUGCAGAAUUGCCCCGCUGCUCUACAAGUGUGACCCUCGCGCCCACUAGCCUCCGCCCCUUCUGCCUGUGACGUGCAACGCGGAUUGAUUGGAUGAGGGGUAGACACGGAGGAGCGGGGCAGCAGGCCACAGAGCGGCGGUGACAUAUGGGGGCCCGGCCCUCCCCUCUGUGCUAGUGGCUCUUGUCUCCGUACCAUGCUUAGCGCUGCCGUCUGUGCCCUGAGGGGGGCGGGAGGUGCGCUCGGCGGGGAGGAAAGCGGCGUCCCCUGAGAGAGGCGAGGGCGGCGCUGUUAUCGCUUAGGUGAGAGACCGACGGGCUGUGACUUCAUUUGUUGUCAUGUGUCUCCCGCGCCCUGUCCGCUUAUCAUCAUCAUCAGCAACAACAUGAGAGCGGGGGGCGAGACACAGCUGAGAGCUGACACAAAUGGAACCCACUCACUCAGACAGUCAUGGACCCCGCUGGGACCCUGUGGCAGUUCCUCCUGCAGUUGCUGGAAGAGCAGACCCACCAGCACCUCAUCUCCUGGACGUCCAACGACGGCGAGUUCAAGCUCCUGGACGCAGAAGAAGUGGCGCGACUGUGGGGUCUCCGCAAGAACAAGACCAACAUGAACUACGACAAGCUCAGCCGAGCCCUCAGAUAUUAUUAUGACAAGAACAUUAUCAAGAAGGUGAGUGGGCAGAAGUUUGUAUACAAGUUUGUUUGUUACCCGGAUCCCGGCAGCAGCGAGGUCCCUAAAGAUGAUGGAAAAUACAAGGAGAAUGUUAGCGAGGCCAACCAGUCCCCCAAAUCAGCAGACAGCUCCUCCUUUGUCCCCAAGAUGGUACGAAGUAGCUCUAAGACAAGUCGCAAUGAGUACAUGCGCUCCGGCCUCUACUCCACCUUCACCAUCCAGUCGCUGCAAGUGCCACCUGCAGGCCAGCCCAAGAGUAGAAACCUGGAAGCCCCUCCUUUUACUGAAGAACCCCCCCGACUGCAGGUGAAAGGGCAUAGUACAGAUGUAUCGGAGUAUGAAGCUGUGGAGCAGAACAGCGAAGCUCUGUCUGUAGAAGUGAAUAUUCACAGCUCUAAGGAGCUCCAGUUACAAGUGACGGUGGACCCCCCCACACCUGAUAUUAAGGUGGAGGUGGCAGUAGAGGACCCUAUUGCUGGAGGCGAGAGCCUCUCAGAAUCUUCCUUGUUCCCCACGGUUCUGUCAGAGCUGAAGGUUCCAAGUCAAGAGCCACUGGUGACCCAGGAGAUUUUGGUUGUGAUCGACUCACCAGAGGAUGUUAAGAUGAAUAGUGAGCUGACUGGACGAGAGAAGGAGGACUCACCCUCCCCGCCGUCUUCUGUUGAGGGGCAGUUGGUGAAAGGGAAGAAGCCAAAAGACUUGGAGCUGCCAUACUCUGCUGUGAUUGGCCAGGAAAAGAUGAACACUGCAAUGAACUCCCUUCUGCCCCCAGGGAGCGCUUCUUCUUCUGUCAUCACCUCCCAUUCCCUGACUCCCCUUCUGCUCACCCCAGGGUCUCUCCCACCUUCAAUACAUUUCUGGAGUACCCUCAGCCCUAUAGCCCCCCGCAGUCCAGCCAAGCUCUCCUUCCAGUUCCCAACCAAUGGCAACAACCAAAUUCAUGUCCCAACGCUGAGUGUUGAUGGACUCUCGACUCCCGUCGUCCUCUCUCCUGGACUUCAAAAGCCAUAAUGAAUCCUUGCAGCUGACACCCCUCACUUUUUCCCUCUCAUUAAGGGAUAUUUGGCUGAAGAUGCCAUUUCUGCCAUAGGAAGUUUUCUGGGAUACAGAACCUUCUAUAAACCUUUAUUUGUUCAAGGAGAGUUUGAGUCUUGGGCUGCAGUAGCUGUUUGGACUCCUGCGCCAUGUGCCAGCAUCUAUUAUAGUCCUUAACCGUGGUUUUUGUGAAUACAGAACACACGCCUCGAGCAGGUAGAGAAGCCACUCCUCCAGCAGAUAGAAAAGCCACACCUUCAGCAAGAGUAACACAUUGAUACUCAGGACAAGAGUAACACACUGAUACUCAGGAUUGAGUUUUUCUGUAAUGGCAGCUUUAAGUGUUGAAGGCCAAUUGAUGAUGGGUCUGACAAAUGAUUAUAGAAGGGGCAUGAGAAAGAUACGGGAUUGGGGUCCUUUUAUUCACACUAUCCAAGAGGUGCGUCAUUUUAUCAGGAAAUCUGCCAAUGGCUGCUCUUGUACCAAGAAGGCACAGGACAUACUUGAGUAGGGGGGUGUUAUUCAAUGGCGCACAUGGACUGAGGCUCAGGCUUGGUGGAAGAAUGAAUUCCACUGCCCUUUCUAUUUUUUUAUCCCGUUGACCAGGUACUGGCAGCUAAAAAUAUUUUUCUACGUUGCUGAAGAUAUAAUGAAUUGGGUUAUAGUCUAUUGACUACUGAGUCAUGCACAAGGGGUGCACCGUGGAAGUGUGUCAACACGUAGAAUCUUUUACAAUCAAAAUGAUGCAAAAAGAGCAUUCUGAGGAACAGGAACGUCACGGGGCCCCGUAGCCAGGGUCAUGCUGGGCAGAUGGAUUCUUGCACACCGGAUACAUUGGCUCCUGAACAAAGAUGGCGGUCCCCCCCCCAUACAAUAUUGCUGCUGCUCAAACACAAAAAGAUGGCGUUGACAAUUUGGUGGCCCGUUUGUCUAGUUACUGCCCGCUCUAUCAGAAUUCCCAGCUCAGGGGCCCAUCAGUGAUGGCACUUCUUAGCUGCUCUGUGAUUCUAAAAAAGAAGGUCUAUUUUUUGGGAUAUUUAGCUAUUUUUCUGAAGUUUCUCUAUUUUAUGUCAGAGGUUCUAUUUGUCCGGUCCGUAUCUGUCACUAGGAGACCCAGAUCUCUCCAUAAUGACUGUACGAAUAUGCAGAUUUCUUGUCUACCAGGAGAGUAGCACAGGAUUUGGCCCCAGGUGGAAAAUGGGGGCCAAUGUGGUUCUGUUUAUUUAUGGGCUCUCGGUUUUUGUCUGGGCCAGGGCCUUGGGUUCUUGCUCCUCGCUGCCUUGGGGGUUCAUUUACUCACUGACAAAUCACUGCAAUUUACACAAAAUGUAUAUUUUUCUAUAACCCACAGAACUAAUUGUAUUUGUACAUAACCCUAAUGGGGCCCACUUGCUUUGUCUUGGUACAAUGGGGAGCCGGUUCUGCCUCAACGUUCCUUUUUCCCUCCCCAAACUUGUAUGUAAUGAGUCUGUAUCCCCCAGUUUAGAUGCCCCAUGAAACAGUCCACAUGUCACAUUCCCUUUGAUUGCUUGUUUCCAAAGAGCUCCUCAGGAAUGUUCCACUGAUGCCCUACAGAAAGGGGGAGACACCUCCGGAACACAAGGUAUUGCCAGGGUAUUUAUUGUUCACAGGAACGUGUGGUUUCUUGGGGCUUACUCUCUGUUGCCGAAAGCCUUUCUUCUUUAUUCAGUAAGGCCGUCUUGUCCUUGAAAGGGCAUUGGGGGGAAAUAAGGGAUUUUCCUGGGGUUUUUGGAGUCGCCAGUUGCCCUGCCUGGCAUUUCACUGGCUUGCACUAAUUAUGAGUCAAUAAUAUACGUUGUAUCUGCGAUGUCAUUAGAAGCUGCCUGCCAUUUUUCUAUAGCGCAGUCUUGUGCUUUUCUUCCUGUUUCUGGGUUCAGCUCCUCCCACGUUAGGGAGGGAUUUGGUCAGGGAGAGGAAUAUAGGAAUGAGCUCCACCUUGUGGAGGAAAGAAGCCAUUGCAUAGUCAGGCUUCCACUAGGAAGAGCCCAAAUUGGCGUGCAGGGUGUGACAGGGCAGAUAUUUCAGUGUGAAUGAGAGCAAAUCCUAUUGGUUGCUCUAAAUUCUAAAGGCCAUGGCAACCUCUAGCGUUGUCACUAAAUCAACGUGCUACUGCAGAAAGGGGGAGCGUUGGCGUUACCUCUACAAUUUCUGCAUAGGUUGCCCCUUCUAUUUAAGGGGGUCCUGUUGAAUGCCUAUGGUUCCCACUUUUGGCUGAUUAUUGAGGACUCUUGUAGGAAUAUCGUGGUGAUUUCAGUGGCAUUGAAAUGAAUAAAUCCCUUCCAGAAAUGGGCCAUUGUUAAUGUGCUGCAAUAAAAGGAUGACCUUGCUUGUGUUCAGGGAGAAUUGGGUGGGGGGUUAUUUGGAUUUUUUUAGCCUUAAUGUUUAUUGCAAGUGCUUUUGUUCUGUGCCAGGAGUGAUUGUGGCAGCACUUUCUGUCUCGGCCCCUGCCAGCUGUUGUGCACUGUUCCUAGGCUUAGGGGGCACCAGAAACUUCUAGCAGUAUCUUUGGCACAAGGGCCCCCCA